AUGACCAGAGUGUUUCUAAACUAUGUGCCUAAGAAACAAUCAGUGUUAAAGGAAGGUAUUCUUGAAUCAAUGAAAUUUUAUGGCAAAGUAUGUGAAAUCAAGAAGAUGAUGAAUGGAAACUUCUUUGAAGGUCAAGUAUCUAUCCUCCUUGACACCAAUGAUGAUGGUGUAGACAAGAAAUAUCGUCCGCUGCAACGAAUGUUAUAUAUGGCUCAUUGGGAUAGAUAUAUUCCUGCUACAUUUAAAGGUGCUCCACCAGUAUGUUAUCAAUGCAGACAGGCAGGACAUAUUCGCAAAGAAUGUCCAGUGAUGAAACAAAUCACCUGCUCUCGCUGUCUCGAAAAAGGACAUACCGCCAAAUUCUGUCAGAUGAACAAGGAAGAUUUUAACAUGGCAUUGGAACAAUACGAACAAUACGAACAGAUAAAGCAAAAACAAGAGCUACAACAAAAGGAGCAAAUGAUAUCAACAGAAGAGAAUUCUACUCCUUCAUCACCCAAUGAUAAAAUUCAAAAUGCGAUGUCAACACCAUUACCAGUGGCUUCAUCAUCAGAAAGGUCAACUUCUUCGUCACAUAACUCAGUAUCAGAGGAUGAAAGAAUGGAAUUGGAUAACCAAAAGGAGGUCUCUCAUGAAGAAAAGAGGGAUACAGUAGUGUUGGGGAUUCAGGGUUCCAAGUAUGCACCAAUCACUACAAGAACCACCAUGGAUGUGGAUCCAGAAGAAUCAUCUUCCAUUGAUAACAAGAAAGGCCGAGUGAUUAACUCAACCAAAGAGAUGAUGGCACUGAGCUCAUCCAAAACAUACAGAAGACUUGCACCACAAACCACAACAGUCUCGACAACCACUAUAGUUCCUCUCUCUUCAACGGCAUCACAAAGGAAAUCGAGGCUCAAUACUUUGACUACUUCUUCCCCAAGAAAGUAA